AUGGCCGACGCUGACAUUAACCAUCGCGUUGGCGCCGCGCUCUUGCAGCUUGCCGAGCUGAAACAAGCUGCAACGGGCGAUGUUGUUACUGCCAAAGAAGAAGUCGAGAGCAUUAAUCGCGAGCUCACCCGCGCAACCGCUCUGGCCGCGACCAUCGAAGCCGGCACAACUGCCUUUGUGGCAGACGUCGAGCGGCGAUGCAAGGCGUUAGACAGAUUCAUUGCAACCGAUCCAAAUGAUCGCGAUGACGUACUGCUCGAUACGCUUCUGCAAAUGCCCAAGCUCCCAACCUACACUUAUGCGCAGACAGAAAGCUCUCGGAGCUCUUCAGAGACCCCUGCAGCGCAUUCUGUAGAGCAAGUGGCCCCUUCGAGAUCUGCUCCACGGCAUCCUCGGAAGAGUUUGCACGCGGACAAUCUGACGCAACUUGACAAGCCAUAUCACCACGAGUACUUGAACGCCUGUCCUUGCGUGAUUUACGACGGAGACGAGCAAGAGUGGAUCGAGUUGCGUUGUGCUAUCUGUGGUACGAAUUGCGGACAAACUCGUCGGAAUCGCACCUACCUGGCUGGAGCCACGGCAAUGAUUAGCCACAUGGGGCAGAUGCACCCGCCACUGCCUACAAAACGGACUGUGGGCGAUGUCGUUCGAGACUGCCGUUACCGCGCCGUUCCUCGAGAAGAGCUGGAGAGAAUCAUGUCGGGCGAGAUGGUCAUUCCACUCCGAAGUUCUAACGAUGCCACCGCUGUGCCGCCUUCUACCUUAAUCACAGAUCCGCCAGCAUUCACGGAACCCGCAACGUAUCGUUCGUCUCAAGCUCGUGCACGCUUACACCGAGAGUUGAAGCGCAAAUCAUUGGCGGAGAGCGAUAUUGGGGAUGAUGACGAGGACGACUCGGAACUGCCUGCAGCGAAGCGAUCGCGCGCCGACGACGUGUCCGCAUUGUUUCACCCACGCCGUAAUGAGUGA